UUGCUGCGGACAGGAGGAAAAAACAUUUAAAUGACUGAUAUUGGGAAACCAUCUACGGUUGCUGAGUUUUUUUUUUUUUUUUUUUGAAGAAAGCGACGUGAAACAAGUGGACUUAGCAAGACAUUUUACCUGGCUGCUGUGUAUUUAAUACAUAAGAUAUGUAUACUACGGAUUGGUCUGCUAGUUUUGACUGAUAUUUCUGUAAAUUUGGGUAACGCUGACUAGCUAAUAAACUAACCCCGAGAAUUAGCUAUUAAGAGCUAACAAGCUGGAUAUCUUAGACGUGGGUUUAAACUUCGCUUGAGUUUUUGAUUGAGCGAUGUUAAUUUGUAAAACCCUAUCUUCUACCGUUAUCUCUCAAUAAAGUCUAUUAGUGAGUUACCUUGCUCGCUAGCUAACGUUAGUUACCUAGCUUGUUACCUUGGCUAACUAGUGAGCUAGCCAGAAAGGUAGCUAAUACCAACUGUGAAAUAACUAACACUAGCUAGCUGGACAGCUGGCUAUGUUUGAUUUGUGCCAUUGACUUUCUGCAUACCCUUAUGGACGGACUAGCUGGAUAAGUUACUGCAGGGAAAGUACUUAGCUAGCUAGCUAGCUUCAUAGCUAGCUACCAAUGGAAACUAACUAGUUAGUAGUCCACGUAGCUAGCUAAUAUCUUUAUAGGUAACUAGCUAGCUGCAUUUAGAAUCUCUUCACGACCUUAGAUAUACGCUCGGGUCAGGCUUUUCCGGACGAAAAUGCGAUAGGAGGCAGGGACGGGGAGAUUGUCCCGCUAAUUUAGAUAUCUAGCGGUUUGGACCACGGGGUCUAAGUGAGGCCUGCAGGUCGGGCUUUCACCGGGCUACAGUAAUAGUACCUCGCCGCUUGCGUAUGUGCCACGGUCGGCAGCAGAAGUUCCUGCGCACGCAAGGGCCUGGGGAAACGGGAUGGAGCGGAUGGAAGUAGACCAAUGCGCAGGCGCGAGCGGCGGAGGCGGCGCUCUGCGAAGGUCGAACAGCGCCCCCAUGAUCAGCGGUGUGAGCAGCGAUGGCAUGACAGUGUUCAGUUCUGUCAGUUCGGCUCGGUACCGGAGGAGCAGCAUGUCAGUGAACCCCAGCUGUCCCGGACUGGCCCUCCCCUUGUCUCCUUUCUCACUGGUCAGCGAGAGAUCGGAUCACCAAAGGCAGGAGGAAAGCAUGGAGCUCAGUGUGCGAGGAAACUUCCUGAGAGAAAGCGCCUCUUCGCUUGUCCCUCUUCCACCUGUCAGUCCAUGGCACGAUCACAUAUCACUGGGAGUCCAUUCCCUGGACAGUGGCGUUACGCCCAACUCUUCCCCAAGUCCAACAAGGAGGUACAGAAACAGGGCGGCCGUGAGUGCUGCGGUGAGAUUGCCCAGUCUGACACCGCUCAAGAGGAAAGUUCUGUCUCCAUCCUCAUUUCAUCACCGUUGUUGCGAUCACAUUGCUAUUACCGUUGGAUUUAUCACUGGUCUGAAUUACUCAGGAGGAGUAGAGUCUGAUGCCCCGCCCAAGAAGCUGUUUGUCGCCGGGGUAACUGACCCUCCUCAUCUCACCGGAUACACAGUCAGUGUUUCCCAGGCAUCUAGCUCUCCUCCAGGGGGGGUUUCGGCAUGUGCCACUCCACAAGGCAGCCCUCUGUCACUUUCCCCCCCACCGUUCACCUCCCACCACCAUCCUAGCAUCUAGACAUCCGGCCCAGCCAAUCAGAGCCCAGGAUGAGGUGGUUAACACAAACAUACAAAUGCAUUCUGGUCCAGAAAACUGAGGACGUGGAGGAGAAACCAUCAUCUAAAAACCAAGCGGAGAGAGAGUUAUUAGAGCCGAUCUAGGAAUAAGGAAAUCAAGUUUCUCUUAGCUCUCAUCCAAACACAGACGAGAGAAAGGAAUUCAUUAGAACUGGACAAGAAGUUGUGGCAAGAAGGUGUGGGAGCUAAAACUGUCUUGGAGCUUUCAAAGUUGCAAAUCGUGCCAAUUUGAGAUAACACAACAUAGGACAGCAGCAGGGUGUAAUAUACAUUCAAAUCCCUGGUGGUGCUGCUGUUUUGCUCUUUAAAAAUGGGCUCUUAAUCUGUAUUGCUUCAGUAGAUAUCAAGCUGAAUAAAUUGAUAAUAUGUAAACUGUAAAUGUUAUGUAAAAAUAUGUCAUUGUAAUUGACAGUAGAAG